UCAGGAUCAUGAACCCUGAUGGAAUUUUAUUCUUAUCAGUCUUCAGGCAGCAAAGUCCGAAUGUGCUGCAUCCAUUGAGACUCCGAGGAGAUAUCAAACAUCCAGUGAGUGAGCCUCGACUGCUCGUGAUGCUGCCUGGCCUACUAAGUUCCUCCAACAUGUUGUGUGUUGCUUGGAUUUCCAGCAUCUGCAGAUUUAAUCUUGUUUGCUAUUUAGCUCAAUGGCUGCUUCAGUCAGAGUCGCCUCCAGCGAGGGAGGAAGGUGUGCCAAGGGAGCAGCUGAUUGCCACUGCAGUGAAGUUUCUGCAAAACCAAAGAGUUCGUCAAAGUCCAUUAGCAACAAGAAAAUCCUUCCUAAAAAAGAAAGGUUUAACUGAUGAGGAAGUUGAGAUUGCACUCCAGCAGUCAAAUACUGCCAGUGACGAGGAAAUAGCUCCUACCAUCCAACCACACUUGGUGCAGCCCUCAUACCUUCCUCCAGUUCCAUACAACCCCAGUUCCCGAUGGCGGGAAUAUGGUGCCUUGGCAAUCAUCAUGGCUGGAAUUGCGUUUGGCUUUCACCAUCUAUACAAGAGAUAUAUUUUGCCUCUCCUAGCAUCCAGCAAGGAAGACAAGAAACAUCUGCAGAGGAUCGAGUCGGGUAUAACCGAACUAAGUGGGACCAUAUCACAGACAGUGGCACAACUACAAACAAAUCUUACGACAGUGCAGGAGCUUCUGGAACGGCAACAAGAGAGGUUGCAGGAGCUCUCCCAAGAACUGUCUAGUACAAAGUCUUCCAGCUGUUCACAUGUGUUACAGGCUUCAUCGUCUACAAAUUGGCUUCUGGAGACGCAGAACAUUAAUGAAUUGAAGGCUGAGAUUAUCUCAUUAAAAGGACUUCUCCUAAGCAGGCGACAGUUCCCAUCUUCCCCUUCUGCCCCAAAGCUCCCUGCUUGGCAGAUCCCUGUCAAGCCCUCGACAAUAGCCACCUCCGUAACAGUCAAUCACACCAACAGCAGCAGUGACAUCUCACCGGUCAGCAUUGAAUCCACAUCUUCCUCGCCAGCCACAGAGAACCAUAGUCCGGAAGGAGGGAAUCUGGGCGGUCACAUCGUUGACAGCGAAGUAGAUGUCAAGUGUCAGGUGAGAAUGGAAGUCCAGGGGGAAGAGGAACGAAGACAGGACAACGAGGAUGAGGAUGAAGAUGAUGACGUCAGUCACGUCGAUGAAGACGAUUGUCUUAAUGUUCAAACUGAGGAUAGACGAGGUGGCGAUGGACAGAUAAAUGAACAAGUGGAUAAACUACGACGUCCAGAAGGUGCCAGUAACGAGAAUGACAUCAACUAAGUGUCAAGAAUGAUUCAGUAUUUGGUUCCCGUGAACUGAAUUUCCCUAAUUCCAUUAAAUUAUUGUAAAUAUGUGCUUAUUGCAUCCUUAGCAGUGGAUUUUUCAAACCAACAGAUUAUUCUGUGACGCAAGUAAACAGCAGGUGAAUUAGAGUGGCUUAGUUACACCCGGUUGCAUUGUGGAGGCAACAUUAUUGCGUUAGCUGGUCAAAAGGGUUCAGGACUCUUCAUGCAGGGAAUGUACAGUAUCGUUGGUGAAGAAGUCAGACUGCUCACCUCCCUUCUUCCUGAUUGUAUAAGAUUGCAAACCCAGCAAAAUUCAACUCCCCGCUUGUGAUGUGUGUUGUCAGCACUCAACCAGCUGUUGAUGCGGUACAGAAUCAACAGGGAAACAUUGUAGGAAAUCCAGUCCUCCCCCCUUAAGAGUAAAGAGGUAGUGCCAGUAACAUAGCUUCUCUAGGUGCACAAGUCCACCUUGAUAGAAGCAGCUCCAAAACCUGGUAUAGUUAACUCUUGCUAAAAACAUGAUUGGAGAUGCAGUUUGUGUCAGAAUUCUUAUUAUAUAAUUGGAAUGAAUUAAAAUAGUGCAUUGCGAUUUUUGCGUCUGCAUUAGAAUAACCUGUAUCUUUCCAGGUGUGACGUUAGGUGCAGUGCAGAUUGGGGCCAUUGUGAAGAAUGCACGUGUGACAGUGUUAAUUUUGGUUUGCUUGGAAGGGUUCUUUUCUCCUCCUCAGCUAUUUUCUGGUUCUUAUUCAAGAAAUCCCUUUCUCACCCUUGCAACAUUUCUUGUAAAAGCACGAUUAUAUUGAUAGUAAAGUCAAAUAGCACCUCACAAUAAAACACUCUGAUUAUGGAAGCAACAUUGGUGAGCCCUUAAUGCAUUUCACAAUAGAUAAACCAAAUUCUUUUCAGGGUGAGGGUAUAGAUCAUGAACUGUACAAGUAGGAUUCCAAACUGUUGCCUAUAACUACAUGAUGACACUCUCUUCAGGUAUUGCUGUCCCUUCAAGGACAGCGUUCCAGAUCAGUCCCAUUUGGUGUAAAGACAUCAGCAGUUCUUGCGAACAAAAUGCUGUUAUAUAUGCAUUUUCCUUUGUUUAGAGAUUGUGUUGGGAAGACAAAAAUCUCGUGCAUUUUAAACACCUUUGUUUUAAUUCUAUUUGAUUUUAAGGAUGGUUUUAAUGUAAAAUGCCAAAGUACGGUGGCAAUGCUGAAGAAUAAGGCCUUUUUCUUCCCGAAAUGCAUUUGUGGUGUUUAAAAUUGAACUUUACAGUAAAGCACAUCAAAUGGUUCGAUACCUGAUGUAUUCAUUAAUUUAGAAAUACAGUUCAUGGUGUUGGCAAUUAAAAUGUUCCUGUCUCUUUAAAGUUAUUUAUUAUGCACCAAGUACUGGGAUGGCAUCUAUAUUAAAGGUUCAGUGACAUUUGGGGCAGAGAGGCUGGUUAUAUUCAACAAAAUAAAUUGAAUAUAUUGCUUUUGUAAUUGGAAAAUUUAAUGUUGCAACCUACUUUUAUUAAUGUACCCAAAAUAAUAUCAUCACGACUUUGGGGCAAGAAGGCGUUCAUUUUAAAACAUCGAGAGCUGGCGUAUUUCGUCUGGAGGUCUUCGAUUCUGGGAAAUUAAUUCUAUAGUAUAUUAAUCAAGCUUUUAAAUUAUAUACAUUGUAUUUGUAGUGAAGUUAACUUCACAAGUAAAUUUUAUGAUCGGCACAUCUACUGACCUUUAAGAAAGAAAGAAUUUUUGUGGUUAAUUUAUCUAACACAAGUUCAGAGAUGGUAUUUAAUUUGUCAGUUUUCCACAAUGUGUAUUAACAAAUAAAACUAAUCAGAUAAAGGUAAUAGGAACAAAUAUGACUAAUGAAUGUUAUGGAAAUUGAGGCAGCCACCAGUCCAACUCUCCUGAUACAUCAGAGGACAGGUAAUGACACUGUUAGGACUAGCAACGAAGAGGGGCUGUUGAUUUGGUACAAUUCACAUCAAACAGAAACUAAUGCCUACAUUGCACUAUUGCGCUACAUACAUUGCAGAUCCCUGUGAGCAAUUUUGAUUGGACGUGGUUGUGAGAAUUUGCAACAUAUUAAAUAACACAGGCUUUUUCCCCCUUCCACUCAGUUCUAAUGAAGGGUCUCAGCCCAAAACGUUGACUGUUUAUUCAUUUCCAUAGAUGCUGCCUAACCUGCUGAGUUCCUCCAGCAUUUUGUGUGUGUUGCUCUGGGUUUCCAGCAUCUGCUGAACCUUUUGUGUUUAUGACACAUUAAAUUAUUUGCUUUCAGGCCUGAGAUUGCAGCAAAGACUUGUAAAUUGAAAAUUUAACCUUGCCCUAUUUCAUUAAAAUCAAGCCCACUCUUGUCAAGAUAUUUAAGAUUAUUGUUUUUUCAGAUUUUUUUUGUGCAGUCUAGAAGAUUGAGGUAAUCUGAACUCUUUUAGCCUCCACAUAAGCCCCUCAUAAUUCUUUUCUAACUUUGAAAUGUUAAAUUCAGUCACACUGAAGUUACAACUCUUUCAAUCACAAGCAAUCUCUCCACCAUGCCACCCUAGGAUUUUCUUUUAAUUUGACUCCUUUCCAUUCUUUCUGCAUUCUUUUGGGCUUGUUAAUUAAUUUCUAUAAUUAGGUUAUGAACAUACAACUCAUGGCCAUAAGACACAAGAGCAGAAUUAGGCCAUUCGGCAUUUGACUCUGCUCCACCAUUCAUGACUGAUUUAUUAUCUCUCUCAAACCCAAUUUCCUGCCUUCUACCUGUAACCUUUGAUGCCCUUACUAAUCUAGAACCUAUCAACCUUCACUUUAAGUAUACCCAAUGACUUGGUGUCCACAGUUGUUUGUGGCAAUGAAUUCCACAGAUUCACCAGCCUCUGGCUAAAGAAAUCCUUCUUCAUCUUCAUUCUAAAGGGACAUCCUAUUCUGAGGCUGUACCCUCUGGUCUUAGACUCCCCCACUAUAGGAAACAUCCUCUCUUCAUUCGCUCUAUCAGGACCUGUCAAUAUUCAAUAGGUUUCAUGAGCAGGAGAAGGCCACCUGCUCCACUAUUCAGUGUGACCGAGAUUCCCACCUUGGCCAGGGCUAAUCUGACUCACUUAUACUCUGGUCCCUGGCAACCUUUCACCCCCUUUCUUGCCAAGAAUGAUCCACUCUCCUCUCCUAUGCGAUUCCUUUUUCUCUAGCCCUUUAUCUUUUUCCCCUAUCACCACCCCACUUCAUCCCACCUGCCAUCUCCCUCCUUUCUUUCCAGUCCUGAUGAAGGGUCUCAGCCCGAGACGUUGACUGUUUAUUCAGUUCCAUAGAUGCUGCCGAACCCGCUGAGUUCCUCCACCACUUUGCGUGUGUUUCUAUACCUGCUCUGCCUUUUUUAAAAAUAAUAUGCUACCAUUUCUCUCUUGAAGGAAAGAAUUCCAAAAUCUUGAGUCUAUAGUUCAAAAUUCAAAGUAAAUUCAUUAUCAAAGUAUAUGUCAUUUUCUUAAGGGCAUUCACAGUAGAACAAAGAAAUAGAAUCCAUCAUCAUCAUCAUCAUAGCUUGGCUUCGCGAACGAAGAUCUAGGAAGGGGGCUGCCCACAUCUUCUGCAGGCUCGCUGGUGGCUGACAAGGCCAAUACGGGACAGGCAGGCCCAGCCACAGCGGCUGCAAGGAGGAUGGCUGUAGAUAUGGGCGUGUCCUUUGGUCUGCGCGAUGGUAUUUUAGGUGGAGUGCAGUGUGCGCGGUACUGGCCCCAUCCUGUACAGCUGAUGUUCAUCUGCCAUAGCCUAGCAAGCUGGGACGGUGACAGCGAGGUCCUCGGGUCGUAGGAGUUAUGUCAGAGUGUUCUUCUCCUAGGUGGAUGGCCUGACAAGGCUAACGUGCCCCACCUGCCUGGGUCUGGAUUCAGAGUUGUCCUUCUGUUAGGCUGGCUGCCAACCAAGACUAAUGAGCUCAGCCUACCCAUCCAGUUAUACCGCCGGACACUUGGUCGCCAUGACAUAGCAAGCUCGGUGGAAACGGGGGACACUAGCGAGAAGGUGUUGCUAAGGACGCGGUAAUGGAGGAGAGGACAUUUGCAGUGGCCUCCUGCCUAGCAGGCCAGACAGUGACCAUGCUGCAAUCACUACACCAGGAAAGGAGAUGCGAUGUAUUGUGUGUACCCUUCCCCUGGGUGAGCGGGACGUCAGCCCAGAUCUCACCCGCCCUCCCCAGGGAAAUAGAAUAUAAUCAAUGAAAAACUACGAGCACUGACAAACAACGUUCAAAAGAAGAUAAACUGCAAAUGAAUAAAUAAUACUGAGAACUUGAGUUGAAGAGCCCUUGAAAGUGAGUCCUGAGGUUGUGGAGUCAGUUCACAGUUGAGGUGAGUGAAGUUAUCCACACUGGUGUCAAAGUCUGAUGGUUGAAGGGUAAUAACUGUUCCUGAACCUGGUGGUGUGGGACCUAAGGCUCCUGUACAGCUCUUACCCCUUGAUAGUAGCGACGAGAGAGCAUAGCCUGGAUGGUAUGGGUCCUUGAUGAAGGAUGCUGCUUUCUUGUGGUAGCACUCUUUGUAGAUGUGCUCUGAGGUGAAGAGGGCUUUGGCUAUGAUAGAUUGGUCAGUAUCAACUACUUAUUGCAGGCUUCUCCUCAGGGUAUUUGCUGAGUAUCAAAGGCCCACUAACUCUUGAACUGUAGUUUUAAUUAUAAAUUUUUAUCUGAAUUGACUCCCGGCCUUAAGAAACUGAACCAUGAUUGGACCAUUGAUCCCGGAUGUCUCCUCUGUUCUUGAAUAAGAUCAAGGCUGUUCUUCUGUCCCAGUGACCCUAUGCUAUACCAACUCCAUAUUCUUAGAUUCCAUAAUAUUCAACAACUUAUUAUCCCUGCCUCAAUGAUUCAAGAUUGUUUAAUGUCAUUUCCAGUACACAAGUGUAAAGGAGAAUGAAUAAUUGCUACUCUAGCUCUGAUGCAACACAAAAAACACAAUAAGAUAAAGAACUCAAAAAUAAAAAUACACAGUAAAUAUACACCUUAUAUCCCAUCUGGGUAGCCUCCAACUUGAUGGCAUGAAUAUCAAUUUCUCCUUCUGGUUAAAAAAAAUUCCUUCCCCUUCAUCUUCUAUUCUGCACUCUGGCCUCUUACCUCUUCUCACCUGAAUAUCACCUCCCCCUAGGUCCCCUCCUCCUUCUCUUUCUCCUGUGAUCCACUCUCCUCUCCUGUCAGAUUCCUUCCUCUCCAGCCCUUUACCUUUCCCACCCACCUGGCUUCACCUAUCACCUUCUAGCUUGCCUCCUUCCCCCCACCAAAUCUUUUUAUUGUGUCGUCUUCCCCCUUCCUUUCCAGUCCUGAAGAAGGCUGUCAGCCCAAAAUGUUGACUGUUUAUUCAUUUCCAAAGAUGCUGUCUGACAAUUUCUCAUGUAUUGCACUGUACUUCUGCUACCAUAAAAACAAAACAAAUUUCAUGAUAUAUGUGAGUGAUGAUUAACCUGAUUCUGAUACGGGUCUGUAUUGUGGGCUGAGAGUGGGAAGGGGGCAGGGAGAGGAGUAUCAUAAUUGGGGAAAGAGGAAGGGAGAGGGGAAGCACCAGAGAGACAUUGUGAAAUGAUCAGUAAACCAAUUGUUUGGAAUCAAAUAACCUUGUCUGGCGUCUCGGGGCUGGGUGUGUCUGCACCCAUGCCACCCCCUGCCCCUGGCACCCCUUCUCUGCCACCUGUCUCAAAUCCUUCCCACAGUGCUCAACCCUCGCCAUUCCCCAACAUUCUUUGCUCCCGCCAGAUUUACAAACUCGUUCUCCGCUCCAUGUUGGCAAAUACAGCACUGUGCGAAAGUCUUAGGCACCAUAUAUAAUAUGUAUGUCUGGGACUUCUGCAGAGUACUCUUAAGUACUUAAGAUAGCUUAUAUACAUUGAUUGAUUGGAUGUCCAUAACGUGAGGCUAGGUACAGGAGUGACUGACAGGAACUGAUAAGGUAAUGAAUGGUGUUUGGUGAUGUGAAAGGGUGGAUUAGUGGGUGGAGGUGUUGGUCAGCCUUACUGCUUAGGGAAUUAUUGAAUGUACUCUCAACAGUGAAUUGUUACAUGCAUAUAAAAUAGCAAUAUUUAUCAAUUAAACAGGAUAUUUACAUUUUUAUAUUUCUCUAAAGUUCCGGAGGAAGAGUCUCAACUCAAAACGUUGACUACCUAUUCCCCUCGAUAGAUGCUGCCUGACCUGCUGUGUUCCUCCAGCAUUUUGUGUGUGUAGCUCUGGAUUUCCAGCAUCUGCAGAAUCUCUCGUAUUAAUGAGUUUUACAAAGCUUAUUUUGUUUAAGAUAAUUCAUUCCAAAAUAAGGUGACUUUUCAGACCAAUAUUUACAAUGAUGGUGCCACAGCUGACACACCCUUAAAUUGUGAAGUGUCACUGCAUCCGGAAUGGUUCACCCUAUGCAAAAGCAGACAAUCCCCAUACACCAGUGAGGAGUGCGCCAUUGUCACGGAAAGGGGACCUGUCUCAGCAGGUUCCAGGCCACCACAAGACACCCCUUUAAUAAUUGCCACCCUCCUUCUCAUUGUGACCACCCAUCCUCACACUCACCUGAUUUCCUUGAUGGCAUUGAGACCAAAUGUGAAAGAUAUUUUUUUAAAGAUUAGCUUUAUCUGUCGCAUGUACAUUGAAACAUCAAGAUAUACAGUGAAAUCUGUUGUUCGUGUCCGCGAUCGACACAGUCCAGGGAUGUGCUGAAUAGGGCAGGUCCCGUGCUUCUGGCACCAACACAGCAUGUCCACAACUUAAAACACCAACCUGCAUGUGUUUGGAAUGUGGGAGAAAACCAGGACAUCCAGAAGAAACCCACGUGGUCAUGGGGAGAAGCUACAAACUCCUUACAGACAGUGGUGGGAAUUAAAUCAUAAUCAUUGGCAUUGUCAAGCCUUACACUAACUACUAUGCUACCAUAUCACCCAUUGUAAUGAGUACGCAGUGCCAUGGACUUGUGUUAUUGAGCUUCCUCAUGUCAGGACUUUGAGCAAAGUGUCCUUGGACCAGCUCCAAACUGCUGACAAUGUCCUUUGAGAAACCCACCAAGUUCUAGGCAAACCAGUGUCUUCUCUAAUUUCAUUACUUACAAUUGCCAAAUAAAACAGCUGAUCUCUCUAUUAGGCAAAGAUAUGCCACUUUACUGAAAUAAUCAAAGGAUUCAAAGUACAUUUAUUACUGAAGUAUGAAUGCAGUAUAGAACUCUGAGAUUCAUCUUGCCCACAGACGAAUAAUCCGCAUACUUCACACAACAUGCAGAAAAUGCUGGAGGAACUCACCAGUCCAGGCAGCAUCUAUGGAAAAAAGUACAGUCAACAUUUCAGGCCGAGACCCUUUGGCAGGAUAUGGUGUUUAUAUUUCACACAACUGUUUCUUCAAAUUCUUCGAUGUCUGUUGAUAAUAGGAAUAAGGAUCUGAAUUCUUUCUUUCAGAAAAGCAACAAAAGGAAUAGCUUGAGUCUUGAUGAAGGUUCUCAGCUGAAACAUCAGCUCUUUAUUCCUCUCCAUAGAUGCUGACUUGCUGUAGCAUUUUGUGUGUGUUACUCUUUUGUGUUAAUAAAUAGCUUUG